AAAAAUUUAACUCUGAUCCCUGAAGCCAAAUGCCCAGUGCUGUAGCAGCAGGCAGGAGACAGAGGGACACAAGCCUGUGAUGACAAAGACACAUCACAAGCUGGACAGCCAGCCCUCAGGCAGAAAUGACUGGUUUCCUUUCAAACCUGGUUCAGUACCAGGGGCUCUUUCGAAUGAUCACUGUCCUGGGGAUUGGUGGCACAUUCCAAAUUGGCUUUCAAAUUUCGACCAUCACCUACAUGUCUCAGCACGUUAAGGCUUUCAUUAAUGAAACAUGGCUGGAGCGCUAUGGCUAUCCCAUCCAGCAGGACAACCUCCUGUUCCUGUGGUCUAUCACCGUGUCCAUCUUUGGGAUAGGAGGUCUCUUGGGUUCUUCAGGAAGCAGAUACCUCACGGUCAAAUUUGGCAAAAAGAAAUGUCUCUUGUGCAACAACGUACUGAUGAUAGUGGCAGCAUCUAUCAUGGGCUGCAGUAAAAUAUCCCAGUCCUUUGAGAUGAUUCUAAUUGGACGAUUCAUGUGUGGACUCAGUGCAGGUCUUUGUGUUCCCCUACAUCACCAAUAUGUUGGAGAAAUUUCCCCUAGGAAGCUCCGUGGAUUUGCAAACUCUACUUCCUCUUUCUUUUGGACGUUGGGAAAAGCCAUAGGGCAAAUUUCAGGACAAAGGGAGCUGCUGGGCAGCCAGUCGCUGUGGCCCGUACUGAUGGCCUCCUGUGGACUCCCAGCUCUGGUCCAGCUGGUCACGCUUCCCUUCUUCCCAGAGUCCCCACCCUAUCUCCUCAUGCAGAAAGGAGACCAGGAAGGCUGCAAAAAAGCCAUAAGGCAGCUUUGGGGUGAAGGCCAACACCAAGCAGAGAUUGAUGACAUCAUGAAAGAGAAAGCAACAAUGAAAAACACCAAGAUCUUGAGUGUCCUGGAACUAGUGAAAGAACCAGCUUUCCGUUGGCAGCUGUACAUGAUAGUUACUCUGACCGCCACAAUUCAGCUAUGUGGCAUCAAUGCAAUUUAUUUUUAUACUUUUGAAGUCCUCCAGGCAGCUGGCUUUGAUGAAAAAAUGGCCUCCUAUAUGACCCUGUCCAUUGGACUCUCUGAACUCGUAGCUGCUGUAGUCUGUAGCUCCAUCAUCGAGAGGCUGGGCAGGAAAGUGCUCCUAAGAGGAGGCUACUGGAUCAUGGGUUCACUGCUAGCUGCUAUCACUGUGACUCUGUCCCUGCAGGACUGGUACUUCUGGAUGCCAUACUGCAGCCUUGCUCUCAUUAUCCUGUUUACAGUUGUCUUUGCUGUUGGGCCAGGUGGUGCCACAGUUUCCACCAGGGUUGAAAUUUUCAAGCUGUCCUGCAGACCCCCUGCCUUUGUGAUCAGCGCCGUUCUGAACUGGCUGGGAGUGUUUGUGAUCGGCACCACGUUCCCGUUCAUCGUGGAAAGACUGAAGCAGUUCUGCUUCCUCAUCUUUAUGGUGGUACUUUUCACUUCAGGGAUGAUUAUCCACCUGUUCCUUCCAGAAACAAAAGGGAAAUCAAUCAUGGAAAUCACAGAAGAAUUCAAUAAGCUAAACUUUAAAAACAAGCACAUUCCAGCAACUCCAAAUCAUGUCACAGAGGAUUAUACCUUCUGCACCAGGCUUUGACCGACCAUGAGGGGGAAUCAGAUUUUUGUAAAAAAGUAGGAAAAAAAAGACAUUUGCCAUUUUCUGACUAACAAGUUGCUCCAAAUGGACUGUCAGCUUUCCUAUCUGUCCCAAUUUGCCAAACCAGCUUCUUUCUCAAGCACUCCACUCUGGGCAGCUCUGAAAAGUGAUAAGGGCUGAUAUUAACAGGACAGACUUGUGUGAAUCAUGAGCAUUUUGGCUUAAUGUGCUGAUGUGUAAAUCUCUUCUUAACAGAGCAACUAAUACACACUGAAACGACACACGUAGAAUUUAUAAACACUCUGCUGACCACAGAGAAAGGAAAGACCUGUGAUCCUCUCUCUCUAUGAUUUCUGAGUAUGUUUUUAUAGUGCUGAAAUGGGAACAGAGAAGUUCUUGGCUUGCUGUCUCUGGCUAGUGUUCAAUCCAUAACAGAUUAAAGAAAAAAUUUAGUGGAAUAGGAGAUAAAUUCUUUGUUUCUCUAGAUUCAGCUGAAUAACCAAACCUUGCCUGGUUCCCAUGCACAGUGCCAUGUUGUCCUUGUGUGGUGUCUUGUUUGACAGGCUUCAACUAUUUCAGAUUGCCUUUCAGCAGCGAGAGAGCUAAAAGGACUGGUGGAGAGAGUCCAGCCACCAUAAACCCCAAGCUCCCACAGUCAAUUUAGAUACUCUGUGCUCUCCUGCCCAUCACUGCUGCAGCUCCUCCUCCAGGAGCAGAAUUCCCACAGAUAUCUCAAGGGCUGUGAAUCCCACAACAGCUGAACUAUUUUCUUCCUAUGACUUUUGCCUACCUGGAACCUCUUUGCUCCAGAAGAACCUCCUCAGACUGGAACAGAUUGAACCAGAAACUUUUUUUGAAAUAUACAGGCUCAUGGGACUUCUCUUUAGAAGGUGUCUAACAUUCUGUGUGUUUCCCUCUAUUAAUGAGAGGCUCACAUGGUUGUAGAAGGAAAGCAACUACGAGGAAGAACAUGAACAAAUCUAAGGCUUACUGUGAGGCACACAAUACAAUUUAAAGUCCAAACUCUAGGCUUGCACAGUAAAAUAAGUGGUUUUAUCUCUGCUGUUGCUUUGGCAUAUUUACUUCAACUCAAAUAAGGUUAUUCGAAUUAAGAAUCCAAUUGUUCAUCUCAACUGCUACUUAUUUUUAAUUGGAAAUGGUAACCAUAAUAAAAAUGGCAGAUUGCCUUGUAAUAAAA